AUGGGCGCCCAGGAGAUGGUGAGAGUGAUGGGCGCCCAGGAGAUGGUGAGAGUGAUGGGCGCCCAGGAGACGGUGAGAGUGAUGGGCGCCCAGGAGACGGUGAGAGUGAUGGGCGCCCAGGAGACGGUGAGAGUGAUGGGCGCCCAGGAGAUGGUGAGAGUGAUGGACGCCCAGGAGACGGUGAGAGUGAUGGACGCCCAGGAGACGGUGAGAGUGAUGGGCUCCCAGGAGACGGUGAGAGUGAUGGACGCCCAGGAGACGGUGAGAGUGAUGGACGCCCAGGAGACGGUGAGAGUGAUGGACGCCCAGGAGAUGGUGAGAGUGAUGGGCGCCCAGGAGAUGGUGAGAGUGAUGGGCGCCCAGGAGAUGGUGAGAGUGAUGGGCGCCCAGGAGACGGUGAGAGUGAUGGACGCCCAGGAGAUGGUGGAGUGA